AUGGCCUCUAGCCUGUAUGAGGGUUUGGAGGAUGUGGAGCUGGAGAAGGCGAAUCAUCGCGGUGCCAGCAGCAACGCUCCCUGGAUGAUCGGACACGCAAACGGUAACUCCACAUCACCCCUGACAGGCUCCACUGGUAUUGGUCGGCUUGUUGCCUCGGCAACUGGCUCCACUGGAGCCUCAUCUGAAAGUACAACCGGGUAUUUGUUGUAA